GCUCAAAGUCAACCUCUUCACUUUACCGAAACCUUGUGCCUUCAAGAGCCACUUUACGUACGACUUAAUGCCUUGUGGUAAACCAAGCACCACUCCUUGCAAGUACAUCUACGUUGCUCGUAACCCAAAGGAUGUAGCAGUCUCCUUUUUCUUCCACUACAAGCUGAUGUCCGUUAGGAAAGAAGCUACCUUGGAUUGGGAUAUUUUCUUCCGCAACUUCAUCUAUGGUAACGUUGACUUUGGUGACUUCUUUGAUCAUGUUCUGAGCUGGUGGCCUCACAGAAACGAGGAUAAUGUUCUCUUCCUCAUGUUUGAAGAUAUAAAGAAGGAUCCGCGAGCAGCCAUCACUCGUAUUGCAACGUUCAUUGGUGCUGAAAUUUCCGAUGAGGUAAUCGAUAAAGUUGUUGCUGAGACGUCUUUUGAUUCGAUGAAGAAAGAUGAAACUGCCAAUUAUUCAGUCAUGGAUCGUUUGUUUAACCCUGGUUCAACUGCAUUCAUGAGGAAGGGGGAGGUGGGCGACUGGAGGAACCAUUUGACGCCCGAGCAAUCUGUGGAGAUUGACCAACUCUGUCAAGAAAGGCUCAAGGACACUGGACUAGCGUUUGAUUUUGGAGACUAGAAUAUUGCGUUACUGCAUUUUUUACAGUGUAUAAUUAUAUAGAACUAUAAUAGAUCUAACAGUAUAUAAUUAUUUACAACUUGACAUAGAUUUUGUGGAUUCACGUCACAAUUAAGGUCCAUUCCAUUGUCAUUUGAUGUACUUCUAGGU